CAAAAGAUUAAAAAUGCACGGCUUCAGCUUCUUUUUCAGUCUCUUCUCCAAAACAAAAGUGUGUCCGCGUUGCUUUGCGCCGUCCGCAGCAGCGAGUUGCAGUGGAUCAAGGCACAGCGCCAGAGUUAGUAUUAGGUCAUCCCGGAAGAAAGCCUAUCCACUACAGGAAGGGACAAUAUGGACUGUCGAGGUGUUCUGAGAGAAGCAGAAUCCCAAUUCCAUAAGCAGAACUUCGGAACUGCAGAAGAGUUUUACACCCGGUUCAUUCUUCAUUGCACUGAGGAGGGAUCGAAAAACAAAUGCUGUGCCAAGGACCUGGCUAAUGCAUAUAACAACAGAGGCCAAAUCAAGUACUUAAGAGUAGACUUUUACGAAGCCAUGGAUGAUUACACAUUAGCGAUUCAAACCAAGGAAGAUUUUGAGGUUCCUUAUUACAAUCGAGGAUUGAUACAUUAUAGACUAGGAUUUUUUGACCAGGCAUUGGAAGACUUCAGAAAAACAUUGACUUUGAAUCCAGACUUUAAAGAUGCCAGAUUGAGUCUUGAACAGACACUAAUAGAUAAAAAUGAGAAAGCAAGUAGAGGAUACUAGAAAUGUAGUAGCUGGAUUACAAACAUUGGUUUUAAGUGUACUAUUUUUAACUUGUAUAUUUAUUUUUAAAUUGUGUUCCUAAAUAAUCCUUAAGUUUAAAGUUUAUGAAUGUACAUUUAAUGUUAGUGCAGGCAUGCUCAGGAAUUCAGAGAUUUUAUGUUUAAAUCUUACACAAAAUCCCACAACUGGUCAUUUUGUUCUUGAAUCUCAUGCUGUUUCUAUAUCAGGAAAAAGGUGGUGUAUUUUUGGAGUGAGCCUGCAUGUGUGUUGAACUAUGAAUGCAAUCUAAUGUCCAAGCUGGAGACUAGGACACCAGAACAUCAUGUCCCAAAAUGAUAUGUGUUAUGGACCAGACCAGACCCCCUCAAAAUUUUUAAAGGUAGCCAAGACCCUAACUAUUUCUUAUUUUAAAGGCAAAUAUGAAGUGGUGUUCCAGAUGUGAUGUGACUGGACAAAACACUGGACAUUAAGCAAAAUACAAAUUAUUUAAACACUAAACUUAAGUUACAAACAAAAGAAAGAGGAAUUUAGAAUAAUGUAACUACUGGAAAACUUAACCGACUAAUAGAUGCAGUAUUUAUUACUAAUUAACUGUUCCAAUAUAGAAACAUUCCAUAAACACACCUCUUGGCGAAAAGAUAAAUUCAGACACAGAUUCUUACAGGCAAUUCUCCAAUCCAGGAGGAAAAAGCAUCAAGAGAGAUUUCAGAGAAUGUAGCAACUAGGAAUUGUUUUACUGAAACUCCAACUCUUCUGGGACCCAAACAGCUUCUAACUGCUACAGCUUAAAAACGUGAAAACUUGAUCUGUGAGAACUGGCCUCACCCCUUCCACUGUUUCUAAAAAAAACCUAAAGGCCUCCCAGAAUUGGUGACUUAGGCCAGCUCCCAUAGUCACUUUGUGAGCUCUGUCUUUACAAGUUCUCUUCAGAAAAAAAACACUCAGGAGAAAAUAACCUUUUUAAAAUGACAGCAUUGUCAUAUAUAUUAUCAGGUGCAGCCAGAUGGUAUCACUACCUUCGUCACCACAUUGUUACAAAACCCAGACCAGACAGCUGCAUUUAUUUUGUAACCUGGUUAAGCAUCAGUUAUCUUUACUUUUACAGUGGACAAACAAAGAGACCCAGGGGGCUUAUCAUGAGACUGUAGCCACAAGAUACCAUGGCUUUGAACUAACAACAAUAAACCUUACAACACAAUGUUAGAGCAGUAAUACACCCUACUAUACAUGCACAACUUGUAUUCUACCAUGCUGAGUUAAUGUUGUAAAUGUGGGUAACAUGCUAUGAUCAAACACCCUAUAGUGCACAUCAGAUGACAAAUAUGAACAAGACAGAUCUUGUGGAUUUCUCAGCAAUUCUUCCAGACAUUAAUGAAAAAAAGGGUCAUUAAUUCUCACAAAAAUUUCUUCCUUGUCCCCACAAUGACAACUCCACCAUGGAUUGCCUCAGUGUUCUGGUUGAUCAUUCUCCUUUCCUGGGUCUCCACUCCCUUUGACUACAGUGCUCACAGGUAGGACUACAGAACUUCUCCAGCAGCCAGACUCAAAAUGAGCCAGUUCUGCCUGAAGCGUUCUCGUCUUGAUCAAUUAUAUAAAACAAAUACUGUCUGAAAGCUUUUCAACCCAACCAUGUCCCCACUAACUUACACACCUUUCAGUUGUGCGGAACUAUUAAUGGUUAUAGCCUUUUUCUGAGUUUCACAAGGCAUCCCCACCAUAGUGCCAGCAACUUUCCACUUUCUCAGAAGUCCAGAACUUUCCAUUAUUGACUCCAACACUUAGCUGCUUAUUAAUUUUUUCAACAUUAGUUCAUGGGAUGAAGGCAUCGCUGGCUAGGCAGCAUUUAUUAUCCAGAGGGCAGUUAAGAGUCAACUACAUUGCUGUGGGUCUGGAGUCACAUGUAGGCCACACCAGGUAAGGAUGGCAGUUUCCUUCCCUAAAGGAUAUUAGUGAAUGGGUUUUUCCAACAAUCAACAACGGAUUAAUGGUCAUCAUUAGACUCUUAAUUCCAGAUAUUUAUUGAAUUCAAAUUCCACUGUCUGUCAUGGUGAGAUUUGAACCCAGGCUUUAAGAGAUCUAUUCUAUCCUGUUAGCGGUACCAAUAUGUCUGUCGAAAGCUCAUAAAGUGAAUAACUUGAGGGAUUUUGGUUUUUUGUUUAAAACGUUGAAACAAAAGAAGCAGCCUGGCUAGGUGUGGUCAAGUUCCCAGAGAAUCAGGAUUUUUACUUGCUUAGUUUUUCAGUAGCAGUUAUUGCUAGGUGUGCAGUACAUCUCUCCCUGCUAUACUCUUUCAGACUUCUCUCGAUGAUUUUCCUCCUGGGCUGCUGGAGUUGCAUGUGAGACAAUCUGUUAUCUAAUUUGCCUUUUGCCAAGGGUGUCUUUAUUAGAUGUUAUGAUAUUGGAACAGUUCCUGUUUAAUAGGUUACUAAUCUAUUAUUCUGUUUUGCUUUCCAAUAGAGUUACAGCUAAAUUAGUUCAUUCUUUUGUUGUAUUUUAACUAGACAGAAUGAACAACAUGUAUUUUGCUUCACAUCUGGUAGUUUGUCCAAUCAAGUUACACCUGGAAUGCAGAACCUUACACUUACCAUUAAAAUGGGAAAAAAGUUAGGGUCUAGGCUGUCUUCUUAACAUAUUGUGCUGGGGUCUGGUCUGGUCUGAUCCAUAACAUUACCAAUUGAAAACCGUGCAAACCACUCUCCGUCGCAUGUAGACACCUAGUAACACUUGUAAUGUUGUGUGCUGAAUGUUACAAUUGACACAUAACUAGCUUCUGCCCAUAAAUACUUACCAAAAACAGAUUCGUACAAUGUAAUAGCUGAUUUCUCUCAGCAGUUAUUUUCUUGCGUUUUUUUUACACCAUGCAUUAAGCUUUACAAACCAGUUUAUAGUCUGUGAGCUUGCAACACAUGAACAUUUAUGCUCAUCAUGAGUAAAUCUCUUUGCAUCACGUAUAUAGCUGAAAAAUAACACACUGCACUCACAGUUCAAAGCUCAUUGUCAGAAAGGGACAGCAUGUUUGCUAUGCCACUAUGAACUUAACCAUAAAAUGUUCCUUUUUCUGGUAUGUUAGGUCCAUUUCGGGCAAAAAAAUCUAUCAGUAGGAGGGGCAAAAUGACUAAUUGUUUGACCUAACAGAUAUGACAUCAACCUGUUCAUACAACACGAUAGUUAUUAUUACAUAAUCACUUUGAAUUUGAUGUGAUUGUCUUUAUAUAGCUUCAACUCAAGUUUCUCCUGUAUCUUUCCUUGCACUUAUUAAUAACUACCUCACAAUGGUGUUGACAAAUUUGGAACUGCUGCCUUAAUUGGAAAUACUUUUCAUUUAUCGAUCACAGCCAUGAAUACCUUAAAAAUGUCUGUCUGAUCAGCGCGAGCCUUUCCCUUUCUAGAGCAGACUGCCCACCUUUUCUGUUAGUUCAGACUUCUUGAUUCUAUUACUACCCUUCGGUUAUGGAGCUAGAUUCCUGUCUACGCUAUGCAGAUACCCCCUUCAAUGUUGAAAAUGUCUCUCAAUUUCCUCUCAGCAUUCUCCAAGGAAAAUACAUUGCACAAUUUGGCACAGUCUUUAUUUCUGGUCCAUGAAAACAUUCUCGUAACCCUCCUCUGUAUUGUUUCUAAUGCAUUUACGUCCUUCUUAUAAAUUGAUGCCCAGAACUGUACACAAUACUUCAGAGCUGAGCUCUAACCAGUCUCACAUAGCGAUUUAGCAUAAUCUCCUUGCUCUUUUACUCUGUGCUUUUAUUUAUGAAGCUUAGAAUACUGUAAUUCCUUUUUUUAAAGCAGCUCUAUCUAGCUCUCCUGCCUCCUUUAAUUACUUAUGUACAUACACAUAGAGUCGUAGAGAUGUAUAGUACUGAAAUAGAUCCCUCAAUCUAACCCAUCAUGCUGACCAGAAAUUCUAAAUGAACCUAGUCCCAUUAAAAGUUAAUGUUCUAAAUUGCGGGAAAGCCAAUUUUGACCGUAUUAGGCAGAAGUUGAUUGGGGGCAGAUGUUUGCAGGUAAAGGGGCAGCUGGAAAAUGGGAAGCCUUCAAAAAUGAGAUAAGUGAUAAGAGUCUAGAGAUAAUAUGUUCCUGUUAGGGUGACGGGCAAGGCUGGUAGGUGUAGAGAAUGCGGAAUGACUAGAGAACAUAGGGAAAUAAAUAGUGACCUCUUGAAAAAUGUCCAUAUAACAGAAGUGGUGGUGCUAGACAUCUUAAAAUGCAUAAAGGUAGAUAAAUCCCCCGGGACCUGAUCAGGUGUGCCGUAGAACUCUAUGGGAAGCUAGGGAAGAGAUUGCUGGGCCCUUUGCUGAGAUAUUUGUAUUGUUAAUAGCCACAGGUGAGGUGCCAGAAGACUGGAGGUUGGCUAAUGUGGUGCCAUCAUUUAAGAAACGUGGUAAGCAAAAGCCAGGGAACUUUAGACUAAGCAGCCUGGCAUUGUUGGUGGGCAAUUUGUUGGAGGAAAUCCUGAGGGACAGGAUUUACAUGUAUUUGAAAAGGCAAGGACUGAUUAGGGAUAAAUCAACAUGGCUUUGUGCGUGGGAAUUCGUGUCUCAUUAACUUGAUUGACUUUUUUGAAGAAGUAACAAAGACAAUUGAUGAGGGCAGAGUGGUGGAUAUGAUCUAUAUGGAUUUCAGUAAGGCAUUUGACGGCGUUCCUCAGGGUAGACUGGUUAGCAAGGUUAGAUCACAUGGAAUACAGGGAGAACUAGCCAUUUGGAUACAGAACUGGUUUGAAGGUAGAAGACAGAGGUGGGUAGUGGACGGUUGCUUUUCAGAAUGGAGGACUGUGACCAACAGUGUGCUGUAUAACUAGGUUUUUCUGCCCAUAGACACUCUUUCAAAUGCUACCCUUUUAAAAUAAAACGGCCUUUCCAUGUUUUUUGCACUAAACUGUCACCUCACACUUCUGCAAAUUGAACUUCAUCUGCCACCUAGCCUUUUCCACUUGUCAAUGUCUUCGAACUUCUAUAUACUUUCUCCCAGUUAUUUUCUUACAGUUUAUAAUUUCUUCAAGUUGAGCGAUCUGCAAACAUUGAAAUUGUCCCCUUUACAUCAAAAUCUGGACCAUUUAUUUGCAUCAGCAAAAUCAAGGGUCCUAAUACUGACUGCUGGGGAACUCCUAUCACAAAUCUUCCUUUUCAAUUUGCAUCCAUAUUGCUGUUCUCCCUUUUAAUCUACGACCAAUCAUGUUUGUUAUAUGGCAUUGUAUCAGAUACCGUUGGAAGUCCAUGUACACCACAUCGACUGGGUUCCCUUCAUCAACCUUCUGUUAUCUUUUCAAAAGCACUCCAGCAAGUUCGACAAUCUUGUCUCCAAAAAAAACUCUAAACCUGAAUGAAUCCAAAUUUUUCCAUGUGACUUUUAAUUUAAUCUCCAACUGUUUCUUGAAUUUUCCCCACUAAUGAAGUUAAACUGACUAGUCUAUAAUUGCUGGGCCCAUCUUUACACCCUGUUUGUACAAAAACAAUGUUUGCAAUUCUCCAGUGCCAUCCGCAGAUCUAGAGAAGAAUGAAAGAUAAUGGCCAUCACUUCCUUCAAUAUUGUUGGAGGCAUGCUGCCUUAUGAACUUUAAGUAAUGACAUUUUAUCCACUAUCUCCUUCUCAUUAAGUUUAAACAUUCACAGUCACUGAGUUCCCUCCUCUGUUACUGUGGUCUGGACAGCAUUUACCUCGAAAGGUAAAGACAAAUGCGAAAUAUUUGCUUAACAUUUGUAAAGCCUCUUUUCUAACAAAGAAAAAUCAGUCCUACCUUUUCUUGUUUAAACCACACUUCUACUAUUGAUGUGUUUAUAGAAACCUUUGGGAUUUCUCUUUGUGUUAGCUGCCAAUCAAUUUCAUACUCCCUCUUUGAUUCUCUUAUUUGCUUGUUCACUUUCAUUGGAGCUUUCUGUAUUCAGCUUGGUUAUAAAUUGUAUUUACUACCUCA